CUGAGCAACGCCAUGGCGGUCGGCAAGAACAAGUGCCUUACGAAAGGUGGCAAAAAGGGAGCCAAGAAGAAAGUGGUUGAUCCACUUUCUAAGAAAGAUUUGAAAGCACCAGCUAUGUUCAAUAUAAGAAAUAUUGGAAAAACAUUAGUCACAAGAUCUCAAGGAGCCAAGAUCGCAUCUGAUGGCCUCAAGGGUUGCAUUUUUGAAAUGAGCCUUGCUGAUCUGCAGAAUGAUGAAGUUGCAUUUAGAAAAUUCAAGCUAAUUACUGAGGAUGUUCAGGGCAAAAACUCUAAUUUCCAUGGCAUGCAUCUUGCCCGUGACAAAAUGUGCAACAUGGUCAAAAAAUGGCAGACCAUGACUGAAGCUCACGUUGAUGUCAAGACUACCGAUGGUUAUUUGCUUCAUCUGUUUUAUAUUGGUUAUACUAAAAAAAGCGAUAAUCAGAUUUGGAAGACCUCUUAUGCUCAGGACCAACAGGUCCUCCAAAUUCAGAAAAAGAUGAUGGAGAUCAUGACCCGAGAGGUUCAGACAAAUGACUUGAAAGAAGUGGUCAAUAAAUUGAUUCCAGACAGCAAUGGAAAAUAUAUAGAGAAAGCUUGUCAGUCCAUUUAUCCACUCCAUGAUGUCUUCGUUAGAAAAGUAAAAAUGCUGAAGAAGCCCAAGUUUGAAUUGGGAAAGUUCAAGGAGCUUCAUGGUGAAGGUAGUAGUUCUAGAAAAGCUACUGGGGAUGAGACAGGGCUAAAGUUGAACGAACUGAUGGAUAUAAGCCACCAGUCCAAGAAUCUGCUUAAAAUUGAGACAUUUAAUGGAUGCAGUGAGAUGAUAAAAUGUCUCCCUGAUGAGCCCCGGGAGGUGAAUGACGUAGGCAUCGCUACGCAGCGUCGGGCUACGGUUGACCUGACGCUGCGUCAGAAGGAGGAGCGUCUGCUUCCGGCCCAAACUAGGGAAACUGCAGAAAGCCAAAUGGAAACCUCCGCAAAAAUCCUCUUUGGAUUUCUUUCAGUUAGCAAAAACCGGCUGUAUGUUUCACCAAGUUCUCAGGAUCCAGUCGAGACGACAUGCAUCUUGCUUCAUCUUCAACUUCAGAAACUGGGACAGAAUACAGUAAUGAAUAAUCCACCGCAGACCAAAAGAUCUCCUCUGAUGAGGAAUGUGAACUUCUUCAACCCGGUCGCCAUAGCUUUUUGGUUCAAGGAUGUAUCCCCAGUGUUUGCCACAGGGCCUGGCACACAGAAGGUGCUCGAUAAAGAUUUACCGAAUUCAGCCAUGCAAGAAUGA